AUGUCGACUCCGAUCAGAAAGUUCAGUUCGACUCGCCGAAGUUCAAAAAGUCCUGGUCGAAUAUUUCAAAAACUGCCUGCUUUGUCAGAUGAAGAGUUGCGGGCUAGUUUAAUCGCACUUGGCGCGAAAGUGGGACCAAUAACCGCUACAACUCGUACCAUCUACGAAAAACAGCUUGAGAAAAGACUCCAAAACAACAAGUCUUCAGAAACUUUCAGUAGUGCACCGGAUGAUCUCACAGCUGUUCCCGAUGGACGCAAACUUCCGACACCACCUCGUCCAACUAUGGUUCCUCGUUCUCGUCCUUCUUAUUCCGCUUCUUCCUCCUCUUACAUACGAAGAUCUGUGAACGACCGCAGCGAUACUUUUGAAGGAAUUUAUUCAGCCUCAAAUCAGCGAAGGGCACGACGUCGGUUGGAUUUCAGCGAUAGUCAAGAAAAAUUAAAUUUUUCGAGAACAUUUGAAGAAUAUGAUAAUGAUAGUGAUGAUGAUCAUAUGGAAAGUUCACGUGUAGUUCCUCCGAGUUCAGUCCUAAUAUCAGAUACACAGAAGCCAUCCUCAGUAUUGUCGGUAUUGAAUAAAUAUCUGAAGUUCAUUCGUCCACGCAAGUCUUUCUUAAAUUCUACCAAAGAUUCCCACUCAUUUAAAGGGAGAUAUUCAUACUCCGUUCGAGAAGCUGCACCAACACGUAGCGUUUCAUUGGGUUUUGACAUAUCACGAGUACUAUUAUUCUCUCUUGUGUCUCUGUUUGGUUUCCUGCUUAUUGCUUAUCUGGCGACUGCAAAUUCUGGUGUUUUGAUCCACAGUGGUCGUAUUGCAUACGUUGCUGCAAAGGAUACCGUGUUUUUCUUAUAUACAUAUGCGAUUCUUCCAUUACUUACAUUGGUUAUAAUAUGUGGAAUAAUGAUUGGUAUUUAUAUGUUACGACUCUAUCAGACAAAAAAAAAAGCUGAAGAUAAACAGCGUAUUUUUGACCUCAUUGAGAAAAUUACUGAUAUCAUUCGGGAUGCAAACGAACAGGGUCAAGCAUAUAUCGCCGAACCUCAUGUGCGAGAUAUGCUUCUUCCACCAUCUAAGAGAAUGAAUAAUAGCCCGGAAUGGCGCCGGUGGCAGGAAGCGGUUAAAUUUAUCAAUCUGAAUGAAUCACGAGUAAGCACGGAAGCUCGAAUUAUCAAUGGUGUAGAGUGUUCUGUAUGGCGGUGGAUUCCUGCCAAAAAGAAUGGUUGGCAGGGUAGUGCUUUUGAUGGAAGUAUGCGGCGCAGUAUGUUAAGUCAGGCUCCAUCGCAUUGUCUGAAGCUGCGUGGAAUGUUUUCUUCAGCGAAAGAUUACGAAACAAAAUUUAUGAAUCUGAAGGAAGCUUUGCUACAGAAAAUAGCUCCAAUUAAGCCAUUACAUGUUUAUGUGGAAAACGAUUCUAAGGAGGGGGUGAUGUUUGCUCGUUUCGCGUCAUUAACCGAUUGCAGUUGUGCUUUUAAAUCAUUACAUGGGACUUGGUUCAACGGUCAAUUGGUUUGGGCGAAAUUUCUGCGUGAUGAACGCUACGAGCAGCGAUUUCCUAAUGCAUUACGCCAGUGA